GACCUGCUGCAGAAGUACUCCUACAUCCGCAAGACGCGGCCGGACGGGAAUUGCUUCUACCGCGCCUUCGGCUUCGCGCACCUGGAGGCGCUGCUGGAGGACGGCCAGGAGCUGCAGCGGUUCAAGGAGGUGUCGGCGCGCAGCAAGGAGGAGCUGGUGGCUCAGGGCUUCACCGAGUUCACCAUCGAGGACUUCCACAACACGCUGAUGGAGCUGAUCGAGCGCGUGGAGCGCCGCGUGCCGCUGCCCGAGCUGCUGGCGGCGUUCAACGAGCCGGCCACGUCCGAUUACCUGGUGGUUUACCUGCGCCUGCUGACCUCGGGCUGCCUGCAGCGCCACCGGCGCUUCUUCGAGCAGUUCCUGGAGGGCGGCCGCAGCAUCAAGGAGUUCUGCCAGCAGGAGGUGGAGCCCAUGUGCAAGGAGAGCGACCACAUCCACAUCAUCGCGCUGGCGCGGGCGCUGCACGUCUCCAUCCUGGUGGAGUACAUGGACCGGGGCGAGGGCGGCGCCACCAACCCGCACGUGUUCCCCGAGGGCUCCCAGCCCCGCGUCUGCCUCCUCUACCGCCCCGGGCACUACGACAUCCUCUACAAGUGACCCCCGGCCCGAGACCCCCGCCCCGGGCACCCCCGGGACCCCCGA